AUGUCAGGAUCUAAAGAAACUUUUGAGACACAUCCUCUUUCAACAAUGCAAUCUACGGACCUUCAAGAUUUGCUAAUGUGCGAAUCAUAUUUUGAUGAUUUCUCUACUACAGAUGCAUUUAACCCUCAUAAUCAUGCAACCACACAACCCCCUACUGUAACUAUCGCUCCUCAACAUACAAAUGACUUAUCAUUUGAUAAUUUUCAAUAUCAAGUUCCUUCUCCAGAAACUAGUUUAUUUGGUUCACCAGAAAUAAUGACUUCUCUUGGUGGCACCGAUUCUUUAAAUACUCAAAAUUACACUAUUUUUGAUGAUAAUGGUUCUUUAUCUAAUCUUUCACCUUUAUCAUUUAAUUCGUUACAAGACUUUACUGUUCCUCCAAAUGAUGCUGUAAUUAAUGAUGUUGGCCAUUUCUCUCCAAUGGAUGAAUCUUAUGAUACAAUAAGCCUAACUAAAACUGAAUUUGAUGCUUUAAUGGCUCAAGUUGAAAACUCAAAAAAGGAAAGUGAAUCAACUUUUCCUGAAAAAUCUUUAAAAAAGAAAAGGAAAGGUAUCGGAGGUAUUUCUAAAACCGUAAAGAAAACAAAAGAUGACUCAAGUCUUAAUAAUGAUAAUACUUCAUUUAACGAAGGAUUGUCAACAGUACCAUCCAUGGGAAUAGACAACAGAUCGAAUCUUAGUCCUGGUAUACAGAGCAUUGUUGUUCCUAGUUCACCUAUUAUUAAUACCACAGAUUCGACUUUCGCAUUUAAUCCUGCUUCUUGGUCUAGUUCUCCAAACUUUGUCUUGGAUGAAAUCACGGGGGAUAAAACAACAAAGAAACCCAUACCACUCGCUCAUAAUGCAAUUGAACGUCGUUACAGAAAUAAUAUUAAUGAUCGUAUUAAUGAUCUUAAAAAUGUAGUACCUGCACUUUGUCAUUUGAAGAGUAAAGAUAGUAAAGAUGAUGACGAAGAUGAUAAAGUUGAUGGUAUUUCUGCUGCCACGAAAUUAAACAAAGCCACUAUUUUAAGAAAAGCGACAGAAUAUAUUAUUUAUUUAAAGAAAAAUAAUCAAAAACUUAAAAAUGACAACGAAUUAUUGAAAAAAUUAAUUAAAGCGUUAUCAGGUGGUAUUGAAUUAUAUAACCUUUAUCAUGCAGAAACCAAUGGAUCUGAAACUCCACCUUCAACAUCUGAUAAUUCUGAUUAUUCUGAUAAUGGUUCUCCUUAUCAUCAUAAUCAAGAAGAAUUUGAGUACAUUCCACCUUCUCCACCUAAUAAUACAGGUUCAAGAGCAUUGAUGGCUCUGUUUAUGUGUAUGACAUUCUUUUCAUCUCAACCAAACACAAUAAAUUAUGAUCAUCAUUCUUCUCACCAUCAUAAUGAAAAUAGUCGUGUUGUUUCUAAUGAAAUCCCUGUUGAAAUUCCUAAGAGUUCUUAUAAUCAAAACGAUAGUACAUUUACAAUUGAUAUUUGGUACUUGGCACGGAUUUUCACUUUUAUUAUGUGCUUAACCUAUAUCAUUCGUCCAUCAUUGUUUUCAAAUCAAUCUCGUCAUGUUCGUAAAUCAAAAUCAAUUAUAGUUUCGGUUAUAACUGCAAAGGGCAAAGAUGCAAAGACACUUUAUCAGUCAUUAUCACAUCUUUCUUAUAGUUCAAUGAAUACCGUGGAAUUUGUUAUUGGCUUUUUAACCGAAUCCUUUAAGUUCUUCUCAAGAAGAUUUAUUGGGUGGAAUAUUUCUAGUAAUUAUAUUUCCACUGAUAUGGAAGAGAAACUUUGGGAUGUAGCAUUAUGGGCUAGACUCGGAGAAGUUGAAUUAUGUGGAAACGAUAAGGCAUCUCGUCUUUCUAUUCUUUAUACAUGUUUUCGAACAAUAAAUCUCUUGGAAAGUCAUUAUACAGCACAUAAAAAUGCUUACAUAAAUCCAGCUUGUAUAUAUGCUAAUGCAGCAUUACAGUGUUAUAUUGGGUUUAAUUCAAUUCCUUUUAUUUCUCAGAGAAUAGUGUCCCACUUUUGGAAAUUGGCUAAAGAAAAGAGACAAAUUAGUUCCGAAGAGAAAUGGCUAGAAAUCGUAUUAGUCAGUGAUCCCAAUAAUGAUAUGUGGAAAGGAAUAGCCAAUAAAAUUAGUAAUCACGUUAUUUCUACGUCAAAAAGUGAAGAAAAGGUUGAACCUAUGAACAAUACUACUAUUCCACUCACUCAUUUUUCAGACGCUCAAGCACUUUUCCAUUUAAAGAAGGCAUUUUCAAAUCUUGUUUCUGUAAAAUAUGGGAAAUCUAAAAAAGUUCAAAAAACUCAGUUCACUUUUUCAGAACUUCUAGGUAUUACCACACCAGCAUCUCUUACACAUUGGUAUGCUUUGGUUGGAUGCGCAGUACAAGCUUUCUCUGAUCAACAAAUUGUUACUGGAGAAAAGCUCGUUAAUAGAUUGAGAGAAGAAUUUCCAAAGACAAAUGACAAUAUCAAUAAACAAAUUAUUGCUAUGGGUCUACUCACAUACGCUCUUUUAAUGCAUGGAAAAGUUGAAGCUUCAAUACGUUGUGCUGACAAGGCCAAUAAUGCAGUGUCUAUACGAAAUAAAGAAGAAAAAUCUGGAAUAACUGAAAAUGAUGAUUUAGUUGAUAGAGAUUUAGAAAGAGAGAUGAUACAAGAUGUUCACGAUUUGGCCGAAUUUUGUGUUGGAUGGAUUGUUUUGGAAGCAAGAAUACUAGCAUGGAAAAUUAUUGAAGAAUUUACGUCAGAAAACAAUGAUAAAGCAAUACCUGAUGUUCUAGAUAUCGAGUCAAGGUUAAAACCUUCGAUUUAUGGAUGGAUGCGUUACUUACGUCGAUUACCAAAAGCCAAUGUAUUUGGUGACAUCCCGAAGGCUCAAGAAAAAUUUAUAAGAAAACUCGAUAUUCUCGGAAGAGUUGCUGGUGGAACAGACGAAAGUGUAGAUCCUGAUUGUUUUGAGGAAAACAAUAUUAAUGGUGAUAAGGAAUGUAGUGAAAAAAUAAAUGAGACUAAAAAUAGGGCCAUAAGAGCGUGGAACGUUCUGAAAGGAAUGUAA